AUGCACAACGUAAACGUGACGUCAUGGAGGAUGUGCGUGCAACUGGCUGCUGAGCGCAUAUGUCCUGCAGAAACACAAUGGAGUUGUCCUAUCAAGCUAUCAAAACUGCAAACCAGGCAAGAGAAACAGACGAAUUAAGAACAGAGACCAGAAGAAGGAAUAUGCUUAUAUUAAUUUAUCAUCAUUUAAUGGAGGAAGGGUAUGCGGAUGCUGCGAGCGCACUGGAAAAAGAGACCCAUUUUGCUUUGCGUAGGUUUGAAGUGUGCGAUAAUGUUGACUUGGAUACAGUUCUCAUGGAGUAUGAAAGCUUUUAUUUCAUUAAGUUUCAGAAAUAUCCCAAGCUAACAAAGAAACUGCCAGAACAAGGUGAGAAUGGACGUGUUAGAAACUCCGGUAAGAAGAGGACCUCAAGUGUGACAAAAACGCUGCCCAGAAUCGCAUGUGUUCAGCAACCACAGUCCGGGAACGGGAUUAAAAAGCAAGAGUCUAAGGCAGCAGGGAAGGAUUGGUCUGGCACUGAGAACGGAGGAUCAUAUCUCCCAGAGAGGAACGAGUUUGGCCUCAAUGUGUCACCCAUCAUUAGGAAUGGAGCUGGCGAGGGGACGCAGAUGAAGAAGGGUCAACUGGUGGACUACAGGGGUCUCAUUCAGGAUGCUAUUAAAGGAACGUGUAAUGAAACAGCGGCAAACAGCUUGUCCUGCCACCCUGAUCCCUCAGAGCGGCUGCUCAAACCCAUCAGUGCCUUCUGUGGGAUGAACAGCGAGACGAGAGAGCUAGCAGCCGUCAUUAGCAGAGAUAUCUAUUUACACAACCCCAACGUGCACUGGGACGACAUUAUAGGCCUGGAGGCUGCCAAGCGAUUAGUCAAAGAGGCUGUCGUCUACCCCAUUAAGUACCCUCAACUGUUCACAGGAAUUCUCUCACCAUGGAAAGGUUUGCUGCUUUACGGGCCUCCAGGCACAGGAAAGACUAUGCUGGCAAAAGCAGUAGCUACAGAAUGCAACACAACAUUCUUUAACAUCUCUGCAUCCAGCAUUGUGAGCAAAUGGAGAGGAGAUUCUGAGAAGCUGGUUCGGGUUUUAUUUGAGUUGGCGAGAUAUCAUGCUCCAUCCACCAUCUUUCUGGAUGAGCUGGAGUCAGUGAUGGGCCAGAGAGGUGCUGGACCAGGGGGUGAGCAUGAAGGUGGCAGGAGGAUGAAGACAGAGCUCCUGGUUCAGAUGGAUGGACUGGCACGUUCUAACGACCUGGUUUUUGUUCUGGCUGCCUCAAAUCUACCCUGGGAGCUGGACCAUGCAAUGCUGAGAAGACUGGAGAAGAGGAUCCUCGUGGGUCUGCCUUCCAGUCCAGCCAGAAAGGCAAUGAUCAAUCACUGGCUUCCUCCAGUCAGCAAUACAGGAGGGGUGGAGCUUCGAACUGAGCUAGCCUACGAUGUACUUGCAGAGCAGUGAAGCGGGAGUUUCGGUGUCAAGUCUAAUCCCCCCCACCAAGCUGCCCACUCGCCCUCACGCUGAAUUAAAGGGCCAGUACACUGAUGAAAGAUUUAAAUGAAGAUGAGUUGACAAAAAGUAUAUAUUGCACAGAAAAAUAUAUUUGUAGAGUAUUUCAUAUCCAGUGAAUAUUAAUAUAUAAAAAGUUGAUAUUUUAUAUUAGCAGUUUGAUGUUCAGUGAUGAAGUAGAAAUGCUUGUGUUUGUAGAGAGUGAAUGUGAGACUAACAGGAGGUUUUUUUUUUAGAAUUCAGUCAACGUUAAUAUGAAUUAAUAACAUUCAAUAAGUUAAGAAAUCUUACUUUAAUCUUCAGAAUUUAGUUCAUGUAUUCAUGUUAAUUAGAGUAAUGUGUUUUCAGUUUAUGAGACCAGGUACUGUGAAACAACUUGCUGAAAUGGAGAGAAUAAAGUUUUUAUUUGCAUUUCUUUCAGAAUUCUUUUAAAUUAAUUAUUAAUAAUUUAAAAGAAGGUAUAAAAGGUAGAACUAUCUGUAUCUGUAUCGGCCGAUAUCACUCUGAAUAAUCGGUUAUCGGUA